CCGCACGGUGGCGCCGGCUCCCGCCGUAUCCAGGCACCGCCGUGCCUCAGCGGCCCCGCGCGGGAGGACCGGGGGCUCCUGAUUGACAGCCUGCGCCACUAAUCAGAGAGCCGCCUCGCUGUUAUCCCGGGCGCUCAGCCAAUAGGAGCGGGUGGGGCUGGCCCAGACUAGCGUGAGGCGGCAGCCUCGCUCCGCGCAGCCGAAGCCUUCGCCGCGGCGGCGCUGGCGGCUUUUCCCGGGAGCUGGCGGGGGCGGUGCGGAUGGUGAGAGGAGCCGCCCGGCAGCGCCUGCCCCACACCGGCCCGGCCUCCAGCUGCUGUCGCGCGCCUGAUCCAGCUCGGUGUAGCGCUGCCGAUCCCACCGGCCUCGCCGCGGGACUCGGGUCACCCUCGCUGCGGAGCACACGGGACCUGGGUGUCGUCCCUCGCGCUGACAGCCCUGACUCGCCUCCUGGCUACUUCUGACAUCGUGUGUGAGCUCCCGCUGCUCGCUCCGAUUUCAUACGACUGAGUUUACCCUAAAAGAAAUCAUGUCAUCAGGAGGAGCUGAAGAUGAUAUUCCUCAAGCAGAGAGGAAAACAGUGACAGACUUUUGCUACUUAUUGGAUAAAUCUAAACAGCUAUUCAAUGGCUUAAGGGAUUUACCUCAGUAUGGCCAAAAGCAGUGGCAAUCCUAUUUUGGGCGAACAUUUGACGUUUACACCAAACUCUGGAAGUUUCAACAGCAGCAUCGACAAGUGUUGGACAAUCGGUAUGGGUUGAAGCGGUGGCAAAUUGGGGAAAUUGCUUCCAAGAUUGGGCAGCUCUAUUACCAUUAUUACUUGCGCACUUCAGAAACCAGCUAUCUCAACGAGGCUUUCUCCUUCUACUCAGCAAUUAGGCAGAGGUCAUACUACUCCCAGGUCAACAAAGAAGACAGGCCUGAGUUGGUGGUUAAGAAGCUGCGUUACUAUGCAAGAUUCAUAGUGGUUUGUCUCUUGCUCAACAAGAUGGAUGUUGUAAAGGACCUUGUAAAGGAGCUGUCAGAUGAAAUUGAGGACUACACACAUCGGUUUAAUACUGAAGAUCAGGUGGAGUGGAACCUGGUUCUUCAGGAAGUGGCAGCAUUUAUCGAGGCAGAUCCUGUCAUGGUUUUAAAUGAUGACAACACCAUUGUAAUCACCUCUAACAGGCUCUCUGAAACUGGAGCUCCGCUGCUGGAGCAGGGGAUGAUAGUGGGACAGCUUGCUCUUGCAGAUGCGCUAAUUAUUGGGAACUGCAACAACCAGGUCAAGUUCAGUGAAUUAACAAUUGAUAUGUUCCGAAUGCUACAAGCUCUUGAAAGGGAACCAAUGAAUUUAGCGUCACAAAUGAACAAACCUGGAAUGCAGGAGUCCACGGAGAAACCAGCCAGGCGGGAAAACCCCCAUAAAUAUCUGCUUUAUAAACCAACUUUUAGCCAGCUGUAUACAUUUUUAGCAGCAUCGUUUAAGGAGCUGCCUGCGAACAGCGUGCUGCUGAUUUACUUGUCUGCCACGGGCGUGUUUCCAACAGGUCGUUCGGAUAGUGAAGGUCCGUAUGAUUUUGGUGGUGUUCUGACAAACAGCAACCGCGACAUCAUAAACGGGGAUGCUCUCCACAAGCGGAACCAGGCGUACAAGGAGAUGCACUGUCUUCACCCUGGAGAUCUUUACCCUUUCACAAGAAAGCCCCUGUUUAUCAUUGUGGACUCUUCAAACAGUGUUGCCUAUAAGAACUUCACAAACCUAUUUGGACAGCCGCUGGUGUGCUUGCUCUCUCCAACAGCGUACCCCAAGGCAUUGCAAGAUCAGUCCCAGCGGGGCAGCCUCUUCACGCUCUUCCUCAACAAUCCUUUGAUGGCGUUCCUGUUUGUCUCUGGAUUAUCAAGCAUGCGCAGGGGCCUGUGGGAGAAGUGUCAAGAUUACCUUCGAAAGAUCAACCGGGAUAUUGCGCAGCUGCUGACCCACUCCCGCUCCAUAGAUCAGUCCUUUCUUCAAUUUUUUGGGGAUGAAUUUCUUCGCUUGCUUCUAACAAGAUUUGUCUUCUGUUCGGCUACCAUGAGGAUGCACAAAAUUUUCCGGCAGGAGACUCGAAAUUAUCCAGAGUCUUAUCCUCAGCUGCCGAGAGAUGAAACGGUGGAGAACCCUCACCUCCAAAAGCACAUUCUGGAGCUGGCUUCCAUCCUGGACGUCAGGAACAUUUUCCUGGAAAACACCCUCGACGACUAUUAAGAGAAACUGUCUUACUGCAGAGGGGUUUCCCUGGCCACAGAUUCUGAAUGGUGCGGUUUUAUAAUGUGAACAUCAUAAAAGGAAGUACUUGAUUUUAUUUUUAAAUUUAGGACCAUUAUUUUAAAAAGUUAUAAUAAACAGCUGUUAGUUUAGCUGUUCCAUUCUAUAUGGGAUCAAUUUUAUAAGCAGAAGUUUUCAUGUCUUUUAAAUGUUGAACUAAAGCAUCAUUAGAGGUUUAUUUAUGGUCUUGUGGCUAUCAACCACAUUUCCAACAGCUGAUCCUAAGCAUAGAAGUAUUAUUGGUUAUCUUUACCCCACAUUUGUGGAAAUCCUUUAUUUUUAUACAAUUUUAAGAAAUUGGAAAAAAUCAAUAGAAAAAACAAUAUUUUAUCCCCAAAGAGUCUGGAUUUGAAACGGUAAAGAUGGAACCAGGCAGUGCAAACCAACAAUAGCAAUAAAACAGAGUCCUUCAGAACAAAUAUAUUUUUUCAGUCUUAGCCAAGUAAGUAGACAAAACCCCGGGCAAUGAGUUAGCAUGUGGAGCAGUGGCUUUGGAGUGACACUGUCAAGAUACUUAAUGCUCCCCAUAAAUUUGACACAGCAAUUUUCCAGAUGAACUUUGCACUGCUGGCCAAGGACAUAGUUCCCACUCAGCCCGAUGGGAUUCACGAUGACGAAGCUAAGCCCGCUGUCCCCAUCUCGCUGUCACAUGGGUCACCUCGCCACGGGUGCUGCUGCCACCGUGCUCCAGAGGAGAGGCCGUUCUCCCUUCUCAUGUGCUAGAUGCAAAUUCUUGCAUUUCCAGCAGGCGUUAUCCUCCUCUCCCUGUGUGGAUGGGAUGUGUGGCUCCCAGGCGUGAGCAAGCACAAGGAACGGGAAAUAUGUAAAACUAUUAAAUGAAAAAGUCAAUUUGUACUGUUCCAUGGGAAAGUGGUAAAGGGCAAGUCUGGUCAGUGCUUUUAUGUUGAACCCCAGCCAUGCGUCUGUUUUUAGGUGGAAAAACCGCAGCGCUCGGUGAUUACUGUAGUACCGCGGUAGGGCUGUUUGCGGUGCCGCGGUGUGAGCUGUGGGCCGGGCAGCAGGGCAGGGCAGCAGCGCGGCGCCGCCGGGACGCUCAGCCCGGGCGCGCGGCGUGAACGGCGGGAGCUGCUGGAGCGCGGCCGGCAGGUCUGCGCGGAGGUUCUCCGGAGCUGGGCUGGAGCUGACGCCAUCCGUCCCCUGAUUUCCCUCGUGUAACCCAUCUGUGAACGCUCGUGUUUGUUCUGAGCCGUCUUGCCGCUGGUGUCCCGCGCCCCCACCACUUGGUGCUGCUCUUCUUUGGACUAUGGCAGAAGUUCGUUACCGGGAUGUGCCGUUCAUUUUACAGAGUGUUUGUGUGUGUGCAUGUGUGUUCUAGGCGUUUGUGUGUAUAUGUACAAUAUGCAUACAUUUACUGGCUCGUGUAAAUUGUAAAUAUGUAUAUAUGUAUAGGUACUUGUUUAUGUAUUAAAAAGAAUGAAACAGUA